AAGGCUCCACUCCUUAAACCCUCCGACUCCAAAAUCCAAACGCUUUCCCUCGAACACUUGGAGAUCCGAAAAGGGUUUCAAGAGCUUAUCCUCGCUCCCAACGCUCAAACAUGGCGCUUUAGUGCGAGCCCAUCACCCAAAUUCCUUUAAAGCUCCCCAAAAAAGAGAAGGAUUCAUACUUAUCACAAUUCAGAAAUGACAACCACAUAUCCCUCUCACUUGUUGUCUGCUUCCAAUCAUCUCCAUGCUUCCACUAAAAUGCUCAUCAGAAGUCACUCUCCUCGGCUUCAGGGGUUCAAGCAGGGGUCAUUGCGGAAUGUUAAAGAGAAAAGCUGCAAGUUGAGUGUUAAACAAUUUAGGGCAUUUCAGAAUACUAGGUCCUCGAUAUCGUGUGCAAUAAAUAUGUCCGCAGGCCAGUCAGACGAUCCUGGGAAAUUAAACUUGGAACAUCUUAUUGACAAGGCAAGAAAAUUGUGGGACGGUUGUCCUCAACCAGUCAAGAGAUUCCCUUGGAACAGAGCACUGGAUAAUUUCAUUCAACUCAUCCUUGACCUCAUUUUGGCAGUUGUCAAAUACUUAUGUGUUCCCUUACUGGCGGUUUCCUCUCUUAGUGAGAUGUCAUACUGUGCACAUGAAAGAAAGCUUUUUCUUUUACCUGUUCCAGUUCUCAUUGGGAUUGCUGUUGCUGGGGUAUUCCGAGAGACAGCCCUAGAUAUAUCUCCACUUCUCAAGGAUGCAGAAGUUCCCUGGCAUCUGAUUGCCAUUGCGACUUUCUUCACAUUUCUCAAAUUGCUGGGACCUUAUUACCCCUAUUGGGGGCGAAUUUUUAUUCCACACUUUGCAAAUGGGGGGUUAUGGAGGACUCUGUGGUUUGCACUUUUGUACUAUAGACGACCCCAAAAGGAAUCAACAAAGACAUUGCAGGAGAACUCUGGAAACGGAACCCAAUCCGAGCUAAAUAAGCUUUAAUUCUAGCAGGCGGAAUAUUUGGAUCAGGUGUCCUUUAUCAAUGAAGAUUAUAAGUGAUAGGAUUAUAAAAGCCAUUCAUCGAGAAGAUAAAAGUAGGAAGCAGCUUCUGUCAGAAGAUUGGUUAGGUUGGUGCUUAGGCUGGGUUUGCUGAUUGCUAGACGUGUUUGCUAAACUAACAGGGUCUCUGAGUGUGUUCCUGUCUGUGUGAACGGAUGCUUGCAGGAAGCUUUGUUGCUGACUAUUAUAAGCAAAUCUCGUUUUGGGUCUGGUAUAGCAUCUUAAAAUAUAUGUUGUAAUGCAAACAAUAUUAACAUACCAGAUUUUCAUUUAUCAUAAUGUAGUCAUUUGAAGUA